UGCUUGAUCGCUGAAGGAAUACUGGGAGUGAGUGAGGGAGCGCUCUCGCGGAGUUACAAACUGGAUGGAGCCGAUUGAAGUAGAUACUUUAGUUAUAUUAAGUGGAUUUUGACAGCGGAUCUCUGGCUUCGGUCUGACGGCGUUUCCUACUGGAACUUAUAGCUUGCCCACUGAGGAAGAUAAAUCAUUAUCUACAAGAAACAUAGCUGGCAUGCGCUAAUAUGGAAACCAAACCAUUCUUGUCUCUAGGGCUCCUGAAAAACCCCUGCUCAGUAGCGCCGCCGUGUUUGCGGAGCUGGCCGGGCGACGCUGGCAGUUCGCCCAAUGGCUGCUCCGGCUUCACGGGUGCGUACCCGCUACAACAGCGCAGGAUAUCUACAGACUCCUCCGGUCAGCUCUCGUCGUCUCCUUUGAGCUCCUCCACGGGUCACCGAGGCAUCAGUAACCAUCCUCUCCACCAGCCCCUGCUCAGCCCGUCUGCCAUGAGCUCCAGCCCGGGUCAGCUGCACUCGCCCAUCAGCACCCUCAGCUCGCCCAUCAAUGGCCUGUCCUCGCCGUUCCCUGUCAUCAGCUCACCCAUGGGCCAUCCCUCCAUGAGCGGCCCAUCCUCCACCAGCAUGACCUUCAGACCCAGUUUAAGCCCACAGCUCAGUUCGCCCAUGAAUGCAGUCAGUAAUUCGGAGGACAUUAAACCCCCUCUGGGUCUGAAUGGGGUAAUGAAGGUUCCGGCACAGCCCACAGGCACAUCCCUCUCCCUCACUAAACACAUCUGUGCCAUUUGCGGAGACCGUUCAUCAGGUAAACACUACGGGGUGUACAGCUGCGAGGGCUGUAAGGGCUUCUUCAAGAGAACGGUGAGAAAGGAUUUGACGUACACUUGCCGAGACAACAAGGACUGUAUAAUCGACAAACGUCAACGCAACCGCUGCCAGUACUGCCGCUAUCAGAAAUGCUUAGCCAUGGGAAUGAAAAGAGAAGCCGUUCAGGAGGAGCGGCAGCGGGCGAAGGAGCGGAGUGAGGCUGAAUUCGGCAGCUGUGCCAACGAGGACAUGCCCGUGGAGAAGAUUCUGGAUGCCGAACUGGCAGUGGAACCAAAGACGGAGACCUACGUGGAGGCCAACCUGAGUCCGCCUGCCAACUCUCCUAACGACCCUGUAACAAACAUCUGCCAAGCAGCUGACAAGCAACUCUUUACUUUAGUGGAGUGGGCCAAGCGGAUACCCCACUUUUCUGAUCUCCCGUUGGACGAUCAGGUCAUCCUUCUGCGAGCAGGGUGGAAUGAACUCCUGAUUGCCUCUUUUUCGCAUCGUUCCAUAGCUGUGAAAGAUGGGAUAUUAUUAGCUACAGGCCUUCACGUCCAUAGAAACAGCGCACAUACUGCCGGCGUCGGAGCCAUCUUUGACAGAGUGCUGACAGAGCUUGUGUCAAAGAUGAGAGACAUGCAAAUGGACAAGACUGAACUUGGAUGCCUGCGGGCCAUUGUUCUGUUCAAUCCAGAUUCAAAAGGACUGUCUAAUCCAUCAGAGGUGGAGGCAUUAAGGGAAAGAGUGUAUGCUUCUCUAGAGGCCUACUGUAAACAUAAAUACCCUGAUCAGCCCGGGAGAUUUGCCAAGUUGUUACUGCGUCUGCCUGCUCUGCGCUCCAUCGGCCUGAAGUGUCUCGAACAUCUCUUCUUUUUCAAGUUAAUUGGGGACACGCCCAUCGAUACUUUCCUAAUGGAAAUGCUUGAGGCGCCACACCAAAUGACAUGAGGGAAUCAUUUCUUUUCAUCUCCGCCCCUCUGACAGAGGGUGCAGCUUAUGUAUAGAACACUACAGGAGGGACAGGACACAUCUCUGAUCUCACCGAAGAGGACUGAACCAAUAGUAAUUCUACGUUGGCGUUUCUUAAGAAACAUUGCGCAAUCCACAAAAUACUGAGUAACCGUUCAUUGCGGAAUACCAUACAGGAUGGAUUAAGUGAGUUUUUUUUUUUUUUUCCUGGAUUGCAUGCACGUUUGAGAAAUCACAAACUUCUGGACAGGUUUUUUUUUUUUUUUUACUGGUUUCUCAUUUCUUCUGCCUUACAGAGGUCUACCUCUGCUUUCCAUUGAGUACACAGCCAAACCGCCUCAUCUCUGAACUCACAAUCAUUUUGCUGUGAAUUUUCAGAUUUCAUGAGGAUAAAAAUACCUCGGAUGCACUUCUUCAUGCAGCUGUCAUUAAAGAACACAUCACUGUAUCUGCCAUUAGAAGCUCUUGCUGAAAUCGUAGCAGAGUUCAGUGUUAAAAGGACCACAUUUGUGUUUUUUUUUUUUUGUUUCCAGGCACUUAGAAAUUGCUUCUUUCAAGUGGUGUUGUCAUACGUCAGGAUGCUUAAAGUCCAUCUUCAUGAGGAAGAAUCUGUACGCAGUUUGGCUUUAAGUCAUUUUCUUUUUGGGAGAUAUAUGGGCCUAUGAAUAACAGAAAGGCCUAAAAAGAAUGAAAAGCAGGUGUUCUCUUGGCUGAACUCAUGCUGGAUGAAAAUACAAUGAUUCAUUGUUAGAAUUAUGUAAAAAAAAAAAAAAAAAAUUGCCUCUAUAAUUCAGCAUAAAUAUGUAUUAUUUCCAAAGAUUUUCAAUAAUGUUUAUAUAUCAUCUGAUAAUUCCCAGCAAGUGGGUGUUUGUGAUUUGAAAAUAUGCAAUGAGUUAAAGGAAUCCAGAUGAUACUCUGGCCUCAGGGAAUCAGGAGGUUUGAGAAGUGCUUCGUCUGUCCCCUAUUGGAAGAGUUGUGACAUUACAGCUGCACUCAUUUGCUAUUACAUGGAAUUGUUACAGUUCAAAAGUCGGAUUGUCAUAAAAUGCAUGGCAAACAUUGCAAAGUAACCAUUUCUAUGCCUCAGGUUGAUGCAAAAUGCAAAAACCCACAUUUUCUUGUGUUUUUGGUUCUGUUGUGCAGUGUCUUAUCUGUGUCAUAAGCAAGAAACUGUAAAUGGUGAUAAUUACAGGUUCAUACCAUUUGUACUAACGCAUCAAACCUCAUUUGCAGAUUGAGCCAAUCUGAACCAGUGUUUUCAUGAUGACAAUGAAUUUAAAAUAAUUAUUAUUGGAAAUCAGGAGGUAUGUGAGCUGUGUAGCAGCAAUUUAAGGAAUUGUCAUUAGCAGACAUAGUGCAGAAGACCUACUGAUUUAGACUACACAUUCUGCCAAAAUUCUAUUACGCCGGGCCUCACAGAAACAUGACGAGCAUUCAGUAUAAUAUGUAUACAAACAGCAUAUAAUGUGUAUUUCAUUGCUAUACAGAACCUAUAGUUUUCAUGUUUUUAUGCUUUGAAUUCGCAGUCAGGGAAGAUCAGUGCUUUGAUUUUGCUAGUUCUGUUAUUGAACAUCUUUGGCCUUUCAUUACUCCAAAACCAGCAUAUUAAAAUAUGUGCAGAUAAGCAGUAAAAGCCCCUUGCUGAGGUAAAGACGAAAAACUGCAUUGGACUAGUCAAACAGGGUUUGUUAGACCACCAGGAGCCAGGUGCAUCUUAUCUUCUCUCAGCUGCAAUCCUGAUGUGCCGCCAUCAGACAUCUUUCUCGGAAUCUGUAAUAUUUCCCUGUGACUGUGAGACACCAGCCAUCACAGGACAAGUUAGCAAAACACAAAAGAGAUGCAUUUUAAGAGAUUUAUCUAUUUUUGUACAAA